UAAAGAUGCCUGAAGGGGCCACGUUCCUUUGUUUAAAUAUUUAUACGCAAUUAUAAACAGCAUGGAGAAGUCCAGACAUCAUACUCAGGAAGGAGAUGUGUUCUGUGAUGAUUAUGUUUUGCUGACAAAAUGUGCAUAUAAGACCCUGGAGAAAAGCAAAAGAAUGUAUGAAUAUGCUGUCUGAAGCUAGUAAGAAAGCGUCAUUAUCUAAAGUGAAACGUCCCACCAUGAGCUGAAAGGAAGAAGCCAUUACUCAAAAGCAACAAAAAGGCAGCCCUAAUCAAAAAUUCAAAGUAACCUGAAGACAACCAAGGCUAUAUUUGGAUUAACCACCAUAAAACCCUGAUCUUGAUCCCACAGAAAAACUGUGGGUAGAGCUAAAAGGGUAUUAACAUUUCACUGCUUUUAUUAUACUUGAUUUUGACAAUGUCAUUGAAAGCAGAAAAGAAAGAAUCAUUUUUGCUUGAUUUCCUUAAACAAGAACGAAUAGAAACACAGGGCGGAAUGCUUUUUUUUAAAAAACUCCUCCGACUAAGUUGUUGGAGGCGGUUCCUUCCGCAGACGCUAGGAGCUGUCCGUGGUGCUGAACUGCCUCUCGCGCUGGCUCUGCCUCUCUCUCUAUCUCUCUCGGCGCCGACAGCUCUCGCAGUCAGGAAUCCGCUUACCGCGCGUCCAAAUUAAAACGGGACCUCCGCGAUCCACUCGAUUAUUCCCGACCCUCUUCACCCAGCGAGUUGUUCCGGGAAGCAGAACGAUUUCUGAAUCCUUUUCUUGCUUAUAUACCUCUAUAUUUUUUGUCUCUUUCUUUUCCCGGCCACUGGAAGUAUCACUGUUGUUCUUUGUAACACACGGGCGUUCUGUUUCACAUCGGGAAGAGCAAACCUCGACUUUCGCAGACAUGUGCAUGAGACGUUGGUGCCAGUUUAAGACCCUAUUUGCGGUUUUGGCUCUUGCUGCUGUAAUCGCUCAAAUCCACGGAGAAGGUCCUAGAGAAAUGAACAGCGUCAGUAAGAAGACGUUAGCUGGAGACAGAGACCUCUUUACACACUUGGCCACACAGGACACAGAAAGUGAAGUCCAUUUAGUCACCACAGCCUCACCAAUGAACAUGCCCAACCACCGGCCUAUCCUCAAGGGUCUGCUGCUUCAUGAACACCUACUAACUAGAGACUUCCAGGGGGACCAGCGAUUUUUCAGGACGGAUGGCUCUGUGGCUGGAGACCCCACCAUGCCAGGCUUUGUCUCUGCUCCAAAUGCAGGCGAUGCUGUCACUCAGAUCGUGCCCCACGAGGAUGCCCCAGCCUUCUCAGACAUCGCCACUACUGCCACGGAGCCUGCCACCUCUCCUCUGACCACGCACUCUCCAACGACACCAGCGCCGCCUGUCUCUCUCCCUCAGAAGAAAUCAGCCAAGGAGAAGAUGAACGAUUCAGGCAAUUUGGUGCCAACAACAGAUUCCCUCACUACUCAAGUGACACCACACAGCAGAGGCCCGGGCACACCAGUCGCAUCCUUAUCCUCACAGGAAAAGGAUUUUCUCCUUGAUGCCACACCUAAACCCUCUUCAACAAUUUCGGAAAAAGAACAGGUCAAGGAGAAAUUGAACCCUGACCGUCUGAACUCUAAGUUUCCUUCUUCGAUGCGUGAGGAAAGCACCAGCACGGCAUCCAUGACUGUUAUCACGACAACUACCAUCACUACAAUGCAAACAUCAGAGCCGUGCAGCAUGAAUUUCACUGAGUCCGAGGGUAACAUUGAAAUCCAGCAGCACGUUGACCCCGGGGUGGAAUGCAACUACUUGAUUACUGUCUACCUAGGAUAUGGCAUUGAGGUUCAGGUGCUAAAUGUGAGCGUGAUGGAGGAAGAGCAGAUAACGGUGGAAGACACAGGUGGUCGAGAACCUUUCCUGCUGGCCAAUGACUCGGUGCUGAUGAGGGGCCUUGUUCUUCGCAGCUGGAGCAACCAGAUCUCGAUUCGUUUCCGUAGCAAUCAGCGGCUCAAUUCAGGAUUCCUCCUGCUGCAUUACCAAGCGUUUGUGCUCAGCUGCGCUUUCCCCAAAGAACCUGCGGGCGGAGAGGUUUCGGUGACACAUCUGCAUGCUGGUGGAGAGGCCUAUUUUAGUUGUUUCACUGGAUACAAGUUACAAGGUCCCAAAAUGCUCACAUGCCGCAAUGCAACCACACCUUACUGGAGCGGGAAAGAGCCACAAUGCGUAGCGUCCUGUGGGGGGAUGAUAAAGAAUGCCACCUAUGGUCGUAUCGUCUCUCCCGGUUUCCCUGGUAACUACAGCAACAACCUGACCUGCCACUGGGUACUGGAAGCCCCCGAAGGCCACAGGUUUCACAUUCACUUCGAGAAGGUGGCUUUGGCAGAGGAUGAUGACAGGUUGUUAAUAAAAAACGGCAACAACAUUGACUCGCCCCCUGUGUAUGACUCUUAUGAAGUGGAAUACUUGCCAAAUGAGGGCGUGCUCAGUACCGGCCGCUACUUGUUUGUGGAGUUCACCACAGAUGGGACGAUGACGUCCACCGGCGCGGCCAUCAGAUACGAAGCCUUUGCCAAAGGGAUGUGCUAUGAGCCAUUUGUAAAGUAUGGCAACUUCAGCAGCAGCGACUCCACCUACAGCAUGGGAGCAGUGGUGGAAUUCUCAUGUAAUCCUGGUUACACAUUGGAGCAAGGUUCUGUAGUGAUUGAGUGUGUGGAUGCUCAAAACCCACAGUGGAAUGAGACUGAGCCUGCCUGUAGGGCUGUGUGCAGCGGGGAGAUCACAGACUCUGCCGGCGUGGUGUUGUCUCCUAAUUGGCCCGAGGCCUACGACAAGGGGCAGGACUGCAUCUGGGGCAUCCAUGUGGAAGAGGACAAAAGGAUCAUGCUUGACAUCCAAGUUCUCAAUCUGGGCAAGAACGACCAACUGACUUUCUACGAUGGUGACGACCUGACAGCCAACAUCCUGGGCCAGUACAGUGGCGCACGGCCACACUUCAAACUCUACACAUCCAUGGCUGAUGUCACUAUUCAGUUCCAGUCAGAUCCUGCAACUAACAUUUACGGCUACAACAAUGGAUUUGUAGUUCACUUCUUUGAGGUGCCGAGGAAUGACACUUGUCCCGAACUUCCGGAGAUCCCCAACGGCUGGAAGAGCACGUCGCAUCCUGACCUCAUUCACGGCACAGUGGUCACCUACCAGUGCUACCCAGGAUAUGCUCUGGUGGGCUCCGAGAUCCUCAUGUGCCAGUGGGAUCUUUCCUGGAGUGGCGACGUGCCAAAGUGUGAUGAAGUUCUGACCUGCCGAGAUCCAGGAGACGUGGAGCACAGUCGGAAAGUGAUCUCGUGCGCCCGCCUCAAUGUCGGCUCGACCGUGGAGUUCAUCUGCAACAAAGGCUACGUUCUGUCCGGCUCAGGUGUCCUCACCUGCUACAAGCGGGACUCGGCAGCACCCAAGUGGAGCGACAGACUGCCAAAGUGUGUCCCUGAAAAGUAUGAGCCCUGUAGAAACCCCGGAGGAGCUUCCACCAGCACCCAGAGCUCUGAAAAGGCCUUUUAUCAAGCAGGGGAGACUCUCACGUUUUCCUGCCAUGCAGGCUUUGAGCUGCAGGGAGGGGCCACCAUCUAUUGUGUCCCCGGACACCCGUCUCAGUGGAACAGCACUCCUCCUGCCUGCAGAGCAUCUUCAGAGCAGUAUGUGAAUGAACGAAGGCUGGAUGUUGUUAGUAUGGAUUACAGCAUGGAGGGGACAAAUAUCACCCUUGCAGUUUUCAUUCCAACUGCAAUCGUCCUGGUGAUUGUUUUGGGGAUUUAUGUCUACUUUGCGAAACUACAGGGGAAGUCGGUCAGAAUGCCGACAUCCUCUCCGCCGUACGACAACAUGACGGAAGAGUCGGCGUUCGACAACCCCAUUUAUGAGAGCGGACAUUGCCAGACCCGUUGUAGAUACUAAACCCUGUCAGUAUUCCCACUUUGGCUUUACUGCACAACAACUACAAGGACAAAUGAGAAACAUUUAGAGGUGUCCGUUUAAAGCAAGAACUGCUCAAGCUUUUGGCUUUUGGGACCCUCCCUGCACUGCUCAUGUUUAAGCUCCAACUUUUUAUUUCCUUCAGUCUCUGUUUCAUCCGCUAUAUGUUUGUAUUAAUGUAAAUAAGUCUCUCUUUCCUGCACAGUCGAAUCUGUGAAUCUGUUCAACGCCAUGGUGAUAUUUUUAUAAAGUAAGUCGUUUGAUGACCAUUGGUGAUUGUAUGUUUUUGAGUACUUCUUGAUGGCCUCAGCAAGCUACAUUUAAAUAGGAGGGAAAAGGUUUUUCUUAUUUAAUUAUUAUUAUUAUUAUUAUUAUUACAUUGAACGUUUUUUGUAAAUUUUACUUUCUUUUUUUUUUCUUUUUUUGUGCGUGUGUGUGCGCGCGCGUAUGGGACUGCUAUUUGUAAAUAAACUGCCUGUCCAAUAUGAGUGCCUCACGACUGACUAUAACCUGAGAGAUCACACGUGAAACCAUUUGUACAACUGGAAUCUAGAUUUAACCGCUUUUUUGUAUCAUUUCGGCUUAACGUAGCGCUCCACUUUACCUUCGCAUAAUCUCUAGUCAAGAUAUUUAGGAAAGGAUCUCCCACCAGCUGAUGUGUGGUUUCCAAAACAACAUAUAGCCUCAGAUAUUUAUUUCGUGUUGUUCAUCAGUCAUGAAUGCCAGUGUGAUUACUGUAUGCCACAUUUUAAAGUCUGCCUCAAAGAUUUUUAUUUUUUUUUGUAGCAUCGGGUGAUUGCACCCCGCCCUCACUGUCAACACCGAAACAGGAUCGGAUCAAUUCUACGAUGUUACCAAAAUGAAUUUUGUAUAGCGCAGUGUGUAAAAUAGAAACGAAUAAAAUGGGUGAGUGGCUAUAAAGGUGUUGGCGUUGAAUUCGAAGAUGGACACAUCGAUCUCAUCUGUGCUUUCGGUCUACGCUCUAAAAGCGGUUUUCUUUCAGCCUCACAACCGCUGCAGCCACACCCAGGAAACCACAUCACCUUAAGUGUAUAUACGAAUCCCUGAAUAAUAAUAAAAUUAACAAUUGUUUUAAUCUCUGU